AUGAUUAUCGGCUGUAUGGCAGGCCUGGUGGCGGCUGCACAAGCAUGCCUUAAGGAUAGCGAUUGCUUAACCAGAUCAAGACCGGAUGUCCAUUCAAUGUUCUGUGUUGAUAACAUCUGCCAGAAGGUUCUACCUCCGGGAAAGCAUUGUACCAGGCCUACAGAGUGCUCCUCGUAUUCAUUUUUUGGGCCUUUGGCUUGCACAGGGAAAUGUAAGGUUGAGAAUGAGUGCGAGUAUGGAAAGGAUGAUAAUUUCGAUUCUAUGUACUGUUGUAGAAGCAUUCCUCAAGGAAAAGAAUGCAAUCCGAACCGGCCUGGAUCUCUUAGUGGAUGCGACAUAACUCAAUCAUGCUUAAUGGGGAAAAAGGGUUUCUAUGAAUGUGUUCCUGACAAAUCAAACUCCUGGUUACUUGGCGUAUUUCUAUCUAUAAGUGGAAAUAUCGGGAUAAAUAUUGGAAUAAACCUUCAGAAGAAAUCAUAUAAACAAUCACAUAUAAGACUAUUCAAUAUGAACCUACAAACAUUUUAUGCAGGAUGCUUUACGUACGGCCUGGGAAAGAUUCUUGGAUAUUGCUCGUAUCUCUUUGGAAAUCAAUCACUAAUGGCUGUGCUGAGUGCAACAGGUCUUGUCUCAAACAGCAUACUUGCUCCAAUGAUCAACGAGGAGAUCUUCACCUGGAAAGAUUUCUCUGCAAUAUUCUUUGUGUUUGCAGGGACAACACUUAUAGUCAUGAAUACAGCUACUAGCCACAAGGUUUAUACCCUUUGCGAGCUUUUGAAGAUGUAUACUCGCGUGGAAACAUUGGUAUGGCUUGGAUUUAUCAUUCUUGUAAUAAUAGUUCUCUUUAUAUUCGUUAAGUACGUAGAAGUUAACAGCAAUUGGGAACUUCCUGACGAGAAUAUGAUAUUUCUAAGGAGAGAGGGUGUUUGGUUUGACGAGGAGGGGACAGUUAUUAAGUAUACAAUGGUUCUGGCCUAUGUAUGCUUGUCCUCGUUCAUAGCAUCUUUUACAACCCUAUCUAUAAAAAGCCUCGGUGAGAUGAUUGACAAGACAGUUGCUGGGGACAACCAAUUUAUAUUCCUCACAACAUAUUGUUUCAUCAUAAUUCUUGCAACAUGCACAUUCUUUCAAAUAUACUGGCUCAACAGGGCUCUAAGGCAUUAUGAUGCUCUGCUAGUAAUUCCUAUGUUUCACGUCACAUGGACUCUUUUAAGUAUAUUUACUGCUGGGAUCUACUUCCGGGAAUUUGAACAAUACACCCGCUAUCAACUUAGUGUAUUUGUCUGUGGGGUGAUACUUAUCUUCUUCGGAUCCUUUUUCCUGGGAAGUAGAAUAACAAACAAGACCUAUAUCAAAACCAAAGACAUUGGAAUGGAAUCGGAAAAGAUAUUAAAGAACCAAUAA